GCACAGGCGCUCCUGUCCUGCCGCCCGCGUCGCGCCCACACGCCAUUCCUCCGCGCACACCACAGCACAGCACACAGCACAGCUCCUCCCCUACCUAUAAGAUAACCCGCGCUGUCGCGCUCCCUUGCCAGUUGCCACCAGCCACUAGGACGUCGCUGCUUCCACGCCUCCUUUACUCCUGCUCCAACGGUGUAUUCCAAGCACAGCGAGAAAGCGGAGACCUUUGCGCGAGUGCGCUCUCGUUCUACCUCCAGCAGCAGCAGCAGCGGCGCCGCAGCGGCAUGCCGAGGAGACGGCACGGAGGGUUCCGGCUCGGCUGGAAGCUGCUCGGCGUCUGGUGCUGGGCGGCGCUCUGCCGGCGCCGCCGCCGCGGCCGCGGGUACCUCCGCCUGCACCCGCGCCAACAAGGAGGAGGCAGCGACAGAUCCCCGCCCCUCCAGGCGGGUGUAGCAGCGGUGUGCGCCACGAAGCAGAAGAAGCAGCAGCAGCAGCAGCGGGAUGACUCUGCCGACUCGCCUCGGAUGCUCACGUGGGGGCGGUCGCUGGCGCGGCGGAUGAGCCUCCUGCGCCGGCGUGCGGGAGAGAAGGGCCGGCUGCUGGACGACGAGGAUGCCGCGGAGGCCACCACGCCCAAGGGGCAGGUGGCCGUGUACGUGGGCGGCGCCGAGCCCGGGGCAGAGUCGAUGCGGUACGUGGUCCCCGUGGUGUACUUCAACCACCCGCUGUUCGGGGAGCUGCUGCGCGAGGCCGAGGAGGAGUUCGGCUUCCAGCACCCCGGCGGGAUCACCAUCCCGUGCGCGGCCUCGCGCUUCGAGCGCGCCGCCGCCGUGGCCGCCGCGGGCGGCGGCGCCGGGAAGAAGGUGCCCGCUGGCUGGUGGUAGUGGUAGCAGCAUGUGGCCCACACGGUGGCCGCUGUACAUACCACACGUGCAUGCCCCUGACCCUCUUCCCCUCAGCGGCUCAGCCUCAGGCAGGAGGAUCCCGAUUCCCAUGGGGAACGAUCCUUCUUCUUUUUCUUUCUCAUUAGUUUGACUCUCUUUUUUUUUUUUUUUGCCCCCUUGCUCCGUUUCCUUGUGUCGACGGUCGAUUGACCAUGUGCAUGAGAUGCGAGGAGGCAUAGUUGUAUUUUGAGAGAUCAGAGAUGAACAAGGCUAUUCUAGGGUCAGCAAGAACAUGUUCUGAUUCUACGUACGUCAGGUGUGUUCUGAUUGUCUUUGCAACUAACCCAUCGACGAUCCAGACCUCCUGUUAAAACUGAUCAGGACAACAAGGCACAAUUAGAUGAA